AAAGAAGAAAAUUCGCCAAAAGACAAAAAAAUAAUAAGACAAGUGAUACUUGAAAAAUGUCAACGUUCUUAAACAAUUUCUUCCCGGCAGAUACGGCUGCUAUGGAUCCAAUUUUUUAUUCACCAUCAAAUGUCAUACCUUCAGAAAGUAAACUUGCAACAUAUAUGGUAACACAACAAUCACCUGAAUUCAUUCCAACACGUAUCAAUUCAUCGCCAAAUUUCUAUUCGCCGUAUCAUAAUACGCCCAUGUUAAGUAAUGGUCUCAAUGGUGGUGUCGCCAAUGCAGCAGUGAAUGGUCUAACACCCACAAGUGGUUCAGGCAACAAAUCGGUUAAUGGAACACCGUCUAUGCUGGGUAUACAAAAAGCUACAGCCGCUGCCGUGGCACAACAACAAAAACAACUGCAACAAAAGCACCAGCAACAACAGCAAUCGCACCUCCAACAACAGCAGCAGCAACAACAACAGCCACAACAUAGUCUGAUCAACGGUGGCUCACAACAAAUUGGACCACCGAACGCCGCCAAUCAGGGAUACGUAGGCAUGACAACCACAACGCCAUUGAAAGGUGGACGCAACAGUUUGCGGCGCAAUGAUUCACCCUCCAGUAUAGGUGAAAAAUCACCGCCGCGCAUAACACCGCAUGCAUCGCCCAUACCCACAACAUUGCCCGCCAGUGUACAUCAGGAAAAUGUUGGUGGCACCGUCUACUUUUAUCCAACUGCCAAUCACACAACCGCCCAAAGUUCCACUGCUGUCGGUAUUGGAGCCGGCGGUGUCGUUGAUGCGGUCUCAUCACAUCACACUGGCCAGACGGGUGGCGCCUCCCUAACACCCGUCCAACCGUCAUUAUUGUACACAGGUCAUGUCUAUCCCGGUCCUGCCUCAAAUGUCAUAACAAUGCAACCGAAAACCCAAUUGGAAUCAGCGUUCUUUAUGCCCGAUGAAAUGCGUAGCGAGAUUUUAUCGCGUAAUGUGAUCUCGAAUUUAAUGUUGGAUGCCAGCGAAACGGCGCAACAUGCCCUGCCAUUGGAAGUUGAUAAUUAUCAUUCGCUGUAUCCGUUGGAAGCGUUACCCGUACAGCCAUUGCAUGCCAAGUUAACUCUGCCCUCGUCAACGUAUAAGGCAACACACAGUACAACGGGUAUUAAAUAUUGUCUGAGGAGAUUACAUGGUUUCCGCCUGCAAUCGACAAAAUGUAUGACCGUUGUGGAAAUGUGGAAAAAGUUGCAACAUUCAAAUGUGGUACAAUUACGUGAAGUCUUCACAACAAAAGCAUUUGGUGAUAACUCAUUAGUAUUAGUUUACGACUAUCAUCCAAACUCACAGACGUUAUUAGCGAAAUAUUUCACACCACCGCCAGAAAGUAAUGGCUAUAAUGAUCCAUUCCAGGGUGAAGCGCGCCCCUUCAGUCAUAAGAGCAAUUUACAACGUACAACGGGCAAUGGUCCACUAUUGCCUGAGGCAACAAUAUGGGCAAUAAUUAUGCAAUUAACCGCUGGUCUACGUGCAAUUCAUCAAGCCGGUUUAGCCUGCAGAAGUUUGGAUCCAACGAAAAUUAUUGUCACCGGCAAACGUAUACGUUUUAGUUUUAGUGGCACAAGUGAUAUCGCACAGUUUGAUCCCAAUGUUGCAAAUCCCCUGGCCGUUGUUAGCAUGCAGCAACAGGAGGAUCUGACGGCAUUGGGUCGUCUAGUAUUAGCAUUGGCUUGCAGAUGCCUGCAAUCGGUACAACGUGACAAUGUACAAUCAAGCAUUGAAAUGGUCUCACGUCAUUACUCCUCCGAUUUGAGAAAUUUUAUUGUUUAUCUAUUUACAACGACACAAAGACGAUCGGUCACUGAUUUAAUGCCAAUGAUUGGUGCACGUUUUUAUACACAAUUGGAUGCCUUGCAGGCUCAAUGCGAUAUGCAAGAGGACGAACUUGCCAAGGAAAUGGAAAAUGGACGCCUUUACCGAAUAUUGGUUAAAUUGAAUUGUAUUAACGAGAGACCAGACUUCAACUUAGAUUGUACAUGGUCUGAAAUUGGUGAUAGAUAUAUGCUGAAAUUAUUCCGUGAUUAUUUGUUUCAUUCCGUCACUGAAGAUGGUCGGCCAUGGUUGGAUCACGCACAUAUUGUACAAUGUUUAAAUAAACUUGAUGCUGGCUCAUUAGAAAGAGUUCAACUCAUGUCCCGUGAUGAACAAUCAGUUCUAAUUGUUACUUAUGCUGAGCUCAAAAAUUGUUUAGACAAGGCAUUUUCUGAAUUGCUGGCUGGCGCUGCCUCAUAAUGAUAGACUAUCACCAUGUCAUUGGCACUACUGA